AUGGCAACGAAGGAAGCAGCCGAUGACAAUGUUUCUAUCCCUGCUUCAACACCAGCAGAUGGAGAGACAUACAGAGCAACAAAAGAUGAUUACCGGUCAGUGGAGCAAAAGGCAAUAGAUGACUGGCUUCCAAUUACUUCAUCACGGAAUGCAAAAUGGUGGUACUCAGCUUUCCACAAUGUUACAGCCAUGGUUGGAGCAGGUGUCCUAAGUCUUCCUUAUGCCAUGGCAGCUCUGGGAUGGGGACCAGGAGUUGCCAUUCUAAUUCUCUCAUGGAUCGUCACAUUAUACACUUUGUGGCAAAUGGUUGAGAUGCAUGAGAUGGUACCAGGAAAACGUUUUGAUCGAUACCAUGAACUUGGCCAGCACGCAUUUGGUGAAAAGCUUGGCCUUUACAUCGUAGUACCUCAGCAGUUAGUCGUUGAAGUUGGUGUCAAUAUAGUUUACAUGGUAACUGGAGGCAAAUCGCUGAAGAAAUUCCACAAAACUGUGUGUGGAAGCUGUAAGGAUAUCAAAACUACUUACUUCAUAAUGAUAUUCGCCUCUGCCCAUUUUGUUCUCUCCCAUUUGCCAAACUUCAACUCAAUCUCUGGGAUAUCUUUAGCUGCAGCUGUCAUGUCUUUAACGUAA